AAAUAAUAAAAUAUUUGUUAUUUUUUCGAUUGGAGACAACUUAAAACUUUAAAAUGGACGAGAGGGAGUUGAGAAAACUCUUGCAGACGAAAAAUGGGUGCCGGGUGCCGAUAAUGAGGCCGAUACCUGAUGUGCACCUGAUGGACGAAUUACCCUUCACGCCGCUACCGCCUUAUAGCAGGCUCAAGGACAAGAAAGCAAACUUCCGCAAAAUUCUUGAAAAGAAAGCGACUGAAAGAAAAGUCGAGGUUGCGAAACCGCCCAUAGAACGAUGUGAACGAGAAAACUGGGAGAUAUCACAGUCACGCCACGUCGCCGUACUACGAGAAUGCGCGCAGAAGAUACAACCUCCGCCGAUGUCUAAGGACUGGGAGCGGAAAAUCCUUGGCUUGGUCCCGUCAAAACUUCGACACAUGUAUCCGAUACUAAUGGACGAACUGAUUGGCGAGAGUAAAGACGAAUGGAACCGCAACCUUCACGAACUCGCAGUCAAGACUAUCAUCAGAGACGAGCCCGGAGUCUCUAGGGUCAGGUAUCAAGAACCUGCUUUUAAGUUUAAUGGCAUCACAGAUAAUUUUGACUUUAUGCUCAGAUGUCGUAGAAAGUUACGUGAUGCAGCUCUCGUAUUGCAUCCUUUUAUAAGACUAGUGCUUGAAUCAUCUGAAAGAGUUUUUCCCGAAUGCAUCAUAGACUUAGCAAAAUAUAGAGCUCAUGGACCUAUAUCACUAGAUGAUUUUUUAGCUAAAGUGUUGGAAGAAAUCAGAAGGGCCGAUUAUCUAGUUUCUAGCACAUGGUAUAAUAUUCUGGUUCAAUGGCUUAAAAAUCCAAGAUGUCUGCGAGGAAUGCGCACUAAGAAGAUACCAAGCUUUGUAAAAUGUGCAACCAAAAUUAUAUCAAUGCAGAUUCAAGAAAUUAUGCGCCGAUCUAUUGACGCUAUUAUAGACAGUCUAGCUGACCCAGAGUCUGUCCUUAUACUUAAUUUAGCCCUAGAUUUCGACGGAGAUUUUUUUUAUGAUCCGUCUCUUGAACAUGUUAACGAAGUAUUUCAUUCUAUAGCCGAUGCAAUAAGCAAUAUGGCUCAGAGGCUCAUGCCUAUAGAACAAUAUCUUAGAAUACCAUAUAACUUCGACGCAUUACCAGUUCUAUACAACGACUGGCUACAUAAAGAUGGUCAUCAGAGAUUGCAGGAAACAUUAGAUAACGUGUUUGAACCCCUACGUAGCUAUUUGGGCUUUUUGCGUGGAGAAUACAGCAUGCUUUACGGGGCUCCGGCUAAAGCCGCCGUUGUUAAAUUUAUCAAAGAAGCCAAAAAGUUUGAAGUUGCUAGAGAUAAAAUCAAGUAUUUUCAAGGCAUAGAUUCUGAAAUUACGGCUGUUGUAGAAAAUGAAUAUUUUAAUUGUGCUGUUGUGCAUCAACUUCGAAUGGUAGACGGUUUAAAACGCAAAGCUUUAGAAUUUGUUAACGACCUUAUUGCGGGUAUUAUCAGUGACCACAUAAAUGAAAACGACAGUAUUUGCGCUGCAUUUGAAGAGAUAAAAGAAAGGGCUCUCAGAGAACCAACAAACGCAGUUGAAUUAAUAGAACAAGGAAUCUACAUUUUACACGCAAAGACAGUUUUAGUUGAAGCUUUAAAGGAAAGAAUAAUGGUGCAAAUCAACAUUAUAUCCAAUCUCCUUGAGAUGACAUCUCUGACAGAAGAACAUGUAGCUUCAAAUACGCGGACUGUAAACUGGCUAAAAGACAUUAAGCCAAUUUUCGAAAGAAACGCUACUGCUUACGAGGCCCACAAAGCAGAUAUGGAGGAGAAUCUCCUAGCUAAAAUAAUGCACCUAAAUAAAGAAGUGGUGGAAAUGAUACCCCAUUUGGAACUCUUGGACAAUAUGGAUGAUAUUGAUCACACUCUUGAAUACCUCGAGUACCUGAGAAAACUCGUUCAUCGCUUAGAUGACUGUGACAAACUCGUGGCGUGGAUAAAUACUGAAGAAGCAACGUUCAAAUUUCCAAUUACCAAUUACCCCGAUUUGGAAGAACUAAAAGAUUAUAUUAAACCGUUUCAUAGCCUUGUCUAUCUGGUACAUAAAUGGAAACGGAGUUAUUAUACUUGGAUGGACGGACCUUUCGAAUACUUGGAUCACACUCAAAUUGAAAUUGAUCACGAUUUUUAUUAUAAAGAGUUCUUAAAAAUCUCAAAGAAUUACAGGCAAAAAAUUAAGCAGCAAAUAGCUGAAGGCGUGGAGAAAAGAUUUCAGGGUUUAGUAGAUGACCCUGAUAUGAAUAAUCUGCCGGCUCCAAUGAAAUUAUGUGCUCAAGCUGUUGCAGAAAUUAAGGAAUGGAGGCCUAAUGUUCAAAUGGCUCAUAUUAUGUGCAACCCGGCCUUGGUGCAGAGACACUGGGAUGAAAUGACUCAAAUUGCCGGUUUUGAUUUGACUCCCACAGCUGGAACAACGCUUCGAAAAAUUAUCCAAUUUGAUCUCUGGGAUAAUAUUGAUCAGUAUGAAAUCAUAAGCGUAGCAGCCACGAAAGAACUUGCUCUAAUUACAAAUCUUAAUAAAAUGAUGGCGGAAUGGGGAGAUAUAUGCUUUAAAACUAGUCCUUAUAAAGAUACUGGAAUACACAUUCUUUCUGGACUUGACGAUAUCCAAAGCGUUUUAGAUGACCAUAUAGUUAAAACAAUCGGUAUGCGAGGUUCAGCGUUUGUAAAACCUUUUGAAACACAAGUUAAGUCAUGGUAUGAAAAAAUAACUAGAGCUAAUGCUACUAUCGAUGAAUGGGGAAAAGUGCAAAGUCAGUGGUUAUACCUGUUACCCAUAUUUUCAUCAAAAGACAUUGUUGCCCAAAUGCCUGAAGAAGGAGUUAUGUUUACUGAAGUGAAUAACGUAUACCGCAGAUAUAUGGGUUCAGUCGAAAAGGACCCUCACGCUUUGGAAUUAGCUGGAGCUACAGGCGUAUUGGAAGCUCUUAAAAUAGCUACCGCUUUACUAGAUAAAAUUAACGAUGGUGUUAACAACUAUUUAGAAAAGAAGCGAUUGUAUUUCCCUCGAUUCUUUUUCUUAUCAAAUGACGAAAUGUUAGAAAUCCUGUCAGAAACUAAAAAUCCCCUUAAAGUUCAGCCGCAUCUAAAGAAAUGUUUCGAAGGAAUCAACAAAUUGGUAUUCGACGAUGAUUUUAAUAUAUCUGCAAUGAUUUCAAUGGAAGGCGAACAAGUUGAAUUUCUUGAGACUAUCAGUGUCCAAGCGGCAAGAGGAUCUGUAGAAAAGUGGCUUGUUCAAGUUGAAGACCAAAUGCUGAAAGCUGUAAAAUCUGAAACGGAAUUAUCUUAUUAUGACUAUCCAAACAUAAGUCGUGUUGAUUGGAUUCUCUCAUGGGAAGGUAUGGUAGUGCUCGCUAUAUCUCAAAUUUAUUGGGCCGUAGAUGUUCACGAAUCUCUCCAAACUCACAAAUUAAGCGAACUUGAAGCAUUUCAUCAAACAUUAAAUGUACAACUUAAUGAAACUGUUGCUAUCAUUCGACGCACUGAUUUAACGAAACUGAACAGUAUUACAGUAAAAGCGCUUAUUGUAAUCGAUGUGCACGCUAAAGAUGUUAUAUUUGAGUUAGUAGGUAAAAAUGUAACAGAAGUCACAGAUUUUCAAUGGUUGGCACAAUUACGUUACUAUUGGGAAGAUGAAAAAGUUAGUGUAAAGAUUAUAAAUGCUGUAGUGGCUUAUGCUUACGAAUAUUUAGGCAAUUCCGACCGGUUAGUUAUUACGCCAUUAACAGACCGAUGCUAUCGAACACUUAUAGGUGCCUAUUAUUUACAUUUAAAUGGUGCUCCCGAAGGCCCAGCUGGCACAGGAAAAACUGAAACGACAAAAGACUUGGCAAAAGCGUUAGCCGUUCAAUGUGUCGUAUUUAAUUGUUCUGACGGAUUAGAUUAUAAAGCAAUGGGUAAAUUUUUUAAAGGUGUAGCAUCUUGUGGCGCCUGGGUUUGUUUCGAUGAAUUCAACAGGAUUGAAGUGGAAGUGCUGUCUGUCAUAGCACAACAAAUUUUGUGCAUUAUACAAGCAAUCAGACAAAAGUUAGAAACGUUUGAUUUUGAAGGAACUACUCUAACUUUAAAUCCAGCUUGCUACGUUUGUAUCACUAUGAACCCAGGUUAUGCGGGUAGGUCAGAGUUGCCCGACAAUUUAAAAGUGCUUUUUAGAACAGUCGCAAUGAUGGUGCCUGAUUAUGCCAUGAUUGGCGAAAUUUCAUUGUAUUCUUUUGGAUUUCUCGAUGCCAGAAGUUUAUCUGUGAAAAUCGUAACCACAUAUCGUUUGUGCUCUGAACAGUUAUCAUCACAAAAUCAUUACGAUUAUGGGAUGCGAGCUGUAAAAACAGUUCUUUCCGCCGCAGGAAAUUUAAAAAGAAGUUUCCCAAAUGAAAGUGAAAGUAUUUUACUGCUUCGGUCAAUCACAGAUGUCAACUUACCUAAGUUCCUGUCAUUUGAUGUACCUUUGUUUGAAGGCAUCAUAUCGGAUUUAUUCCCAGGUAUACAACUGCCAAAACCAGACUACGUAAACUUUUUAAACGCUUGUCAUAUUAGAUGCGCAGAAAAUAAUUUACAACCAAUGGAAUGUUUCCUUACUAAAGUGAUACAGACAUUUGAAAUGAUGAUCGUAAGACAUGGAUUUAUGCUUGUAGGGGAUCCUUAUUCAGCAAAGUCAAUGACAUUAAAGAUACUGUCGGAAGCAUUAACAUUAAUGGAACAAAAAAAUCAGCCUGGAGGCUGCGAAUGUACUUACAAAGUACUAAACCCUAAAGCAGUUACAAUGGGACAGCUUUAUGGUGCGUUUGAUCCAAUAUCAUAUGAAUGGACGGAUGGCAUUGUCGCCACAAUGUUUAGAGACUUCGCAUCAGACGAUACUCCUAUCCGAAAAUGGAUUGUCUUUGAUGGCCCAGUCGAUGCCGUUUGGAUCGAAAAUAUGAAUACAGUUUUAGAUGACAAUAGGAAGCUUUGUUUAACAUCAGGUGAAGUGAUGGCGAUGUCAAGCGUCAUGUCAAUGAUAUUUGAGGUAAUGGAUUUGUCUCAGGCCUCCCCUGCGACCGUAUCGAGAUGUGGAAUGAUAUACAUGGAGUCCGCUUCAUUUGGCUUAAGGCCCUUUUAUAAAUCAUGGCUAAAAAAUUUAAAUCCUAUAUGGUAUGAAGAAAAUGAAGAAUAUAUUUAUCAAAUGUGUGAAUGGCUUUUUACGCCAUUAGUUUAUUAUGUAAGAAAACAAUGUUCUCAAUUGGUUACAGCUGGAGAAGUAAAUUUGGUGAUCAGUACUCUCAAUCUCAUCGUUAUGUAUAUGGAUAAUGCUAUAAAAGGCGAAGAAGACACAAGACAUACGAGAACUUGGUUUUUAGCAUCUUUCUUGAGUGCAUUAGUAUGGGGAAUUGGUGGCAUUCUUAAUACGGACUCCCGGGAACGAUUUGACAGUUUAAUUAAAGAAUACUUUAGAGGUGAAAAAGGUAUUCCACAUGCCAUAGAUCGCGUUGAUGUGUCUAUUCCUCCGGAUGGAUUGAUAAUCGACCAUUACUAUAUGUAUAAAGGUAAAGGUUGUUGGAAACCUUGGCCUGAAGCUGUUAAAGGUGUAACUGUAAAAGAGCAAAUUAAUUUACUUCAAACGGUUAUUCCAACUUUAGAGUCAGAGAAAUACUUUGCUUUGUUAAAGUUGCAUACCAAAUUCAAGCAGCCAUUGUUGCUUAUUGGGCCCACAGGUACUGGCAAAAGCUUUUUGGUACAAAAUUUCUUGAUGAAUCGUAUUAAAAUGGACCACUAUACUCCAGGUUUUAUAACCUUCACAACAACAACGACUGCAAAUCAAACGCAAGAACUAGUUAUAUCUAAACUAAACAAACGAAGAAAAAAUAAUUAUGGACCCUCUAAAGGUAAGGUGGCUAUUAUAUUCAUUGAUGAUAUGAACAUGCCUGCUAAGGAAGUGUACGGAGCUCAACCGGCAAUUGAGUUAUUACGGUUAUAUUUUGACCAAAAGCAUUGGUACGAUUUGAAAACAACUGACAAGUUGUACAUUUAUGAUACAUUUUUUUAUGGAGCGAUUGGACCAGUGGGUGGCAGUCGCCAGUUAAUUUAUCCUCGAAUGCUGAGGCAUUUCAAUAUCUAUUCUAUAAAUGAGUUUUCUAAAGACAGCAUGAGUAAAAUAUUUACCUCCCUGCUCACAUUAGGCUGGCGAAGAAAUGGAUUCGGUCAAGACGUACAUCCGUUUAUUCUUAACAUAAUAGCUGCUACGAUGGAUAUUUAUGACCAUGCUACGGAAGGCUUAAGACCAACACCAGCAAAGUCACAUUAUAUAUUUAAUUUACGCGAUUUUUCAAGAGUAAUUCAGGGCUGCGCACUUUUGAGAAAGGAAUCUGUAGAUAACAAAAAGACAUUUGUCAGAAUUUGGGUUCAUGAAAUUUUACGGGUAUUUUAUGAUAGGUUAGUAGAUGAGGAUGACAGAAAUUGGUUUUUUGAAACACUGAAAAAGUCUACCAAAGAUUGUAUGAAAGAUGCAUUCGAAAACUCUUUAGAUACCUAUCAAGCACCUAAUGGAGAAGUAACUAGAGAUACUAUCAAGAAUAUGAUGUUUGGUUGCUAUCUAGACACGGACAGUGUAGAAGGAGAGCGACGUUAUGAAGAAAUGCCAUCGAAAGAGGCUGUCUUAAAAGUGGCAGUGUCAAUGUUAAAUGAAUACAAUGCUAUGCAUAAAGCAAAAAUGACGAUCGUAUUAUUUGAUUAUGCUCUAGAACAUUUGUCAAAGGUUUGUAGACUGUUGUCAAUGCCUUCAGGAAAUGCUCUAUUAGUUGGCGUUGGUGGCUCUGGUCGACAAUCUCUUACGCGUUUAGCUAGUACCAUAUUAGGACAACAAAUAUUUCAGCCUGAGAUCACAAAAACUUACAGCGUAAAGGAUUGGCAAGAUGACAUAAAACUGGUGCUUCGGGAAUCUGGUGGCCUAAAUAAAGAUACGACGUUUUUGUUUUCUGAGAGUCAAAUAAAAGAAGAGGUAUUUAUUCAGAAUUUGGAUAGUUUAUUAAACUCAGGAGAAGUCCCUAAUCUUUACGGCUUAGAUGAAAAACAGGAAAUUCUCGAACUUGUUCGUUUAGCUGCUCAAGGUGGUAAUAGAAAUCUUGACAUAAGUCCUUUGCAAAUUCUAGCUUUCUUUGUAGGUCGAUGUAAAGCAAAACUUCAUAUUGUGUUGUGUUUCAGCCCUAUAGGCAGCGCUUUUAGAACAAGAUUAAGGCUUUACCCAUCUUUGGUUAAUUGUUGUACUAUUGACUGGUAUGAUAGUUGGCCGGAAGAUGCUCUAGAAAUGGUAGCGCAUUAUUACAUGGUAAAAGUAAAUGUACCUGAUAAGGUAAAACAAAGCGCCGUUAUAGCUUGCAAACAAUUUCACGUUGACGCACGUACUAUAUCAAUUGAUUUUUAUAAUAAUUAUGGUCGUCGAACUUAUAUUACAUCAGCGUCUUAUUUAGAUUUAAUUAAAUCUUUUACUGCUUUGACUAAUAAAAGACAACGUGAAUUGAGAACUGCAAAACUUAGAUACAUGAACGGUUUAGAUAAGCUUGGUCAAGCAGCCGACGCAGUAACAAUCAUGCAACGAGAUCUAAACGCAUUGAAACCACAACUAAUGAUAAUGGCUGCGAAGUCAGCUAAAAUGAUGGAAGAGAUAGCAACUGAAACCGCUAUCGCUGAUAAAGCAGCCGCGCAGGUCAGGGAGGAUCAAAAAGUAGCGAAUGUACAAGCUGCUGCUGCUCAAGAACUUAAGAAAGAUUGUGAAGCUGAUUUAGCUCUGGCAUUGCCUAUCCUCGAAGAUGCUAUUGCUGCUCUAAACACAUUAAAACCUGCUGAUAUUACAAUUGUUAAGUCUAUGAAAAAUCCUCCAAGUACGGUGAAGUUAGUCAUGGCAGCGGUAUGUGUUAUAAAGGGUGUUCCACCUGAUAAGAUUCCAGAUCCAGCUAAUCCUGGAAAAAAAAUAUUAGACUAUUGGGGCCCUAGUAAAAGAAUAUUAGGUGACAUGAGUUUCUUGGAUUCUCUACGAAAUUUCGACAAGGACAAUAUACCUAUCGCUAUAAUGCAAAAAAUAAGAAAAGAAUAUCUUUCUAAUAAAGAUUUCAAGCCUCAUAUAAUUGCCAAAGCUUCUGCUGCCGCUGAAGGAUUGUGUAAAUGGAUUAUAGCUAUGGAUAUGUAUGACGCGGUAGCUAAAGUGGUAGCCCCUAAAAAGGCUAAAUUAGAAGCCGCUGAACGAGAGUUUGCACAAACAAUGGCAAUUUUGGAAGAAAAGAAAGCAUUAGUAGCCAGAUUAGAAGCAAAGUUAGCAGAGUUGAAUGAAGCUUUGGAAGAAGCUAAUAUAAAAAAGAAACAAUUAGAAGAUGAAGUUCAAUUAUGUAUUGAUAAAUUGCAUAGAGCGGAAAAAUUAAUUGGAGGCUUAGGCGGCGAAAGAGUCCGUUGGACAACUGCUGCUGAAAAUUUGCAGACACUAUUUGAUAAUUUAGCCGGAGAUAUUCUAGUAUCGUGUGGUAUUAUGGCUUAUUUAGCUCCGUAUACCCUGCCUAUCCGAGUUAAGAUUAUUGAUAAAUGGCGUGAUUUAGUUAUUAAACUAAAUAUGCCACAUUCUAAGCAAUUUGUGUUUAAAGAUGUUUUAGGAACAGAUAUUAAGAUUCAGAACUGGUGUAUUGCCGGCCUACCUAGAGAUUCGUUUUCUGUAGAUAAUGGUAUAAUUCAAGACAACUCCAUGCGAUGGUCUUUGCUAGUUGAUCCACAAGGACAAGCAAAUAAGUGGAUCAAAACUAUGGAGAAGGCUAAUGAUCUGCAAGUUUUAAAGUUUACAGAUGGCAAUUACAUGAAGGUUAUCGAGACUUGUUUGGAGUACGGAAAACCUGCUCUGAUAGAAUGUGUUCUUGAAGAAGUAGAAGCACCUCUAGAUCCUGUUUUACUCAAAAAUACAUACACUCAAGGAGGUAAAGAAUUUAUUGCCCUAGGAGACAAUGUUAUUGAGUAUCAUCCUCACUUUAGAUUAUAUAUGACAACUAAAUUAAGGAAUCCGCAUUACUUACCCGAAAUCUUUAACAAAGUAACUUUGAUUAACUUUGCUCUCACUAAAGAUGGUUUAGAGGAUCAGUUACUGGGUAUAGUCGUCGCAAAAGAACGACCAGAUUUGCAAGAAAAAAGGGAAAAGUUAAUAGUACAAAGUGCGGCUAAUCGAGCUGCGCUCAAACAGGUAGAAGACGAUAUCUUACGAACUUUGCAAGAAACUAAAGGUGAUAUUCUGGAAGAUGAAAGUGCCGUUGAAGUUCUUGAUUCUUCUAAACUAUUGGCAAUUGAUAUUAUGAAGAAACAAGAAGCUAGUGUGGAGACAGAAGUCAUAAUAGAAAAGUUCCGACAUGGUUACAGACCUAUCGCUUCACAUUCUGCAGUGUUGUACUAUUGUGUUACUGAGUUGCCUAACGUAGAUCCUAUGUACCAAUACUCAUUAAUAUGGUUUAUUAAUCUUUAUGUUAUUUCAAUAGAAAAUGCUAACAAAUCAAAAGAUUUAGAUAAGAGAUUGAAAUUUUUAAAGGACACUUUUACAUACAACUUAUACAGUAAUGUUUGUAGAUCACUAUUUGACAAAGAUAAACUUAUGUUUUCAUACAUUAUGUGCGCAAAAAUGAUGCUUUCAUCUGGUGAGAUGAACCAUGACGAACACAUUUUUCUUAUAACUGGAGGCAUAGCUGUUGAAAACCAUUUGAGAAAACCAGUUGAUUGGUUACCGGAUAAAAGUUGGGACGAAAUAUGUCGAAUUAAUGACUUGCCCGUCUAUGAGGGAUUUAGAGAAGAUUUUGUAAAAGACAUAACCAAAUGGCAAGCUGUAUACGACGACAUGGAACCACAUCAUAGAGAAUUGCCCGGAGUGUGGAAUAAAAAACUUUCUCAGUUUCAAAAAUUAUUAAUUGUUAGAGUUUUAAGACCCGAUAAACUGACCACAGCCAUUUCAGACUUUGUUGAAAAACAAAUGGGUCGGAAAUACAUAACACCACCACCAUUUGAUAUCGGUAAAUCUUUUGGGGAUUCAAAUUGCCUUGCUCCUUUAAUUUUUAUUUUAUCUCCGGGCUCGGACCCCAUGGGUGCAUUAAUUAAAUAUUGUGAAAGAAUGGGAUAUUCACACAGAUUUAACUCGAUAUCUUUAGGACAAGGUCAAGGACCAAUCGCGCGUGCGAUGAUUGAGAAAGCCCAACUUGAAGGCGGAUGGGUGUGCUUACAAAAUUGUCAUUUGGCAGUUUCUUGGCUUCCCGCUAUGGAAAAACUAAUAGAAGGUUUUGAUUUAACCAACACUGACCUCAGUUUCAGAUUAUGGUUGACAAGCUAUCCUACAGAAAAAUUCCCACAAGCGGUACUACAAGUAGGAGUUAAAAUGACCAACGAACCACCUACAGGUCUGCAGCAUAAUUUAAAUCGGUCCUAUAUUUCGGAGCCUGUAAAGGAAACAGAGUUUUUUGAAGGUUGUCCAGGAAAAGAUAAAACUUUUAGUAAGCUACUAUAUGGGAUUAGCUUUUUCCAUGCAGUAGUCCAAGAAAGAAAAAAAUUUGGGCCUCUAGGAUGGAACAUUCAAUAUGGGUUUAAUGACUCAGACUUUCAGAUAUCAGUUAUGCAGUUGCAGAUGUUUUUAAACCAGUACGAGGAAAUUCAAUAUGUAGCUAUUAAGUAUUUGACAGGUGAAUGUAACUAUGGUGGCAGGGUCACAGAUGACUGGGAUCGUCGGCUAAUCGUAACUAUUUUAGACAAUUACGUCAACCCUAAUGUUGUAAAUGACCCAAAUUAUACUUUCUGUGACAUUGGAAACCAGUAUGGUCUUCCGCGAAGAUGCGAAUAUCAAGAUUAUCUUAAGCAUAUUGAGAGUGUGCCGGUAAACCCUCCUCCUGAAGUAUUUGGUUUACAUAUGAAUGCAGGAAUUACUCGUGAUUAUACUACUUCGAUGGCGUUAACAGAAGCUCUAGUGCUUGUUGAAGGAACAGGGAGCGGUGGUGAAGGAGGAAACACAGAAGUUAUUCUCGUUCAAAUGGCAGCGGAAAUACUUUCGAAGCUACCUGAUAAAUUCGACGUUGAAGUUGCGCAACAAAAGUAUCCUGUUGAUUACAGUGAGUCUAUGAAUACCGUCUUAAUUCAAGAAAUGGAGCGCUUCAAUAAAUUACUUCAAGAGAUUAAAAGUUCCUUAUUAGAUUUACAAAAAGCUGUAAAAGGUCUUAUUGUAAUGUCACCGGCGUUAGAUUUACAGUCAGUUGCAAUGUUGCUCGGAAAAAUCCCAGAUAACUGGCGUAAAGUUUCUUAUCCUAGUUUGAAACCUCUUCCUAGUUACGUAACUGACUUUAUAGAACGUUUGGCUAUGUUGGACGAUUGGUACCAGAACGGAAAACCAUCUACGUUUUGGCUUUCUGGUUUCUUCUUUACUCAAGCUUUCCUUACUGGUUCAGUUCAAAAUUACGCAAGAGCGAAGAAAAUCCCUAUUGAUUUACUGGUGUUUGAUUUUCAAGUACUGCAAGUGGAUUAUGAAACUGCUUAUCCACCUUGGGGAGUAUAUGUACAAGGACUGUUUAUGGACGGUGGCCGGUGGGAUCGGAGACAACACACAAUAGCAGAACAAUUUCCAAAGAUAUUAAACGAAGGCGUACCCGCUAUGUGGUUGUUCCCUAAAUUGAAAUCGGAGUUUGAUGAAGGUACGAGGUACAAAUGUCCGCUGUACAAGACUUUGGAGAGGAAAGGCGUGUUGGCCACGACUGGUCAUUCAUCUAACUUCGUGUUAGCGUUUUUCCUGCCUUCGGAUAAACCUUCAGCUCACUGGAUAAAACGUAGCGUAGCUUUAUUACUGCAGUUAGACUUUUAAUAACACCCUAAUGAUAUUAUUUUAAAAUAUUG